UUUAGUGCAUUGUUGGCAUACAUGCGGACAUGAGAUAAAGUGACUUAUUGUUAUAAAAAGUGGGAGGAUCAAACCAAGUAUAUGAAGAGCAGUUUAUUGGUCAUGGAGUCAUGCAGUCACCCCAUAGUGUAAUCCCAUGAUAGAAAGUGUUUGGAUCACUAAACUGAGAUCAAUAUCAAGGCUAAGAUGUGGAGCAUAGCUGCAUUGGUGUUAGUGCUGACAGGGCCUGCCUCUUGCUACAUCACCUGCCCUGGUGGGAAGGUCUGCUCUGAUCAAUCAACCUGUUGUUUGACUAAAGGAGGAUAUGCCUGCUGCCCAGUUCCCAAUGAACAAAGUUCUCCUGUCUCUGCUCCGCUCGAGUCUGACAGCAGCCCUGUCCAGAGCAACGCAGUGGAGAGCUCCAAUGUCGGCAAGGUGCAAUGUGACAACUAUUAUGCUUGUCCCGAUGGCACCACCUGCUGCCACCACCCCAAAGGCCUGUGGUUCUGCUGUCCGUACUCCCCUGCUAGGUGCUGUCUAGAUGGAUACCACUGCUGUCCCUAUGGCUAUGACUGUGACCCCACAUAUACUAAGUGUGUGAGGUAUAGCAACCUGAGGUACCCUUUUGCUCCUAGGCAGGCCCCUUCAAUGAUCGAAGCCAUCAAGGUCUCCAAACCGGAAAACAAGGUCCACGAUCAGCAGGUCCCAUGGACAGCACUAGUUCAGGCCUCUGACAGCACCCCACAGGCUGGAAUCAUUCACUGUGACACUCAAUUCUACUGCCCUUCUGCAUCCAGCUGCUGCAAGGGACCUACUGGCAAAUGGGGCUGUUGCCCAUUCCCACUGGCGAAGUGUUGUGCGGAUGGCCUGCAUUGCUGUGAAUAAAGGUGGCCUGCAUUGCACCUCAUAAAGGUGCAGGAAAUGGUACUCUCAGAUUCCUUCAGGUCUGAAGGAUGAUGCUAAGCAGGACUGACAAGAUUUCUAAUUAAUUCUAAUCUUGUCACUGUACUGACAUUGGAUUGUACCUUUUUUGUGAAUGCAUUAUCAUUUAACCUUGCACUGAUGAGUAUAAGAAUGUUGAAUCAUGCCACCCAAUCAUUCAUUGCACAAAAGACAGCUCAAUACACUUCAAAAUAAAUGUAAUUCAAAUUAAA